AGCAGUGGUUUAGAAGUCAUGUCUGGCCGUGGCAAGGGCGGUAAAGGCUUGGGUAAAGGAGGCGCUAAGAGACACCGGAAGGUGCUUCGUGAUAACAUUCAAGGCAUCACUAAGCCUGCGAUUCGCCGUCUGGCUCGCCGUGGUGGCGUGAAGCGUAUUUCGGGGCUAAUCUAUGAAGAAACCCGAGGCGUGUUGAAGGUUUUUCUGGAGAACGUUAUCCGCGAUGCUGUAACUUACACCGAACACGCGAAGAGGAAGACCGUGACUGCCAUGGACGUGGUCUAUGCCCUGAAACGCCAAGGGCGCACUUUGUACGGCUUCGGCGGUUAAUAUCCUAAAAGACUU